CCCAAAACAAUCAAUAGCGUAACCUAGUCUCUACAUAUAAAUUUCCAGAUAUCAACAAAUCCUGCAAGUAAAUCCUCUCCGAUGAAUCUAACAGCAUCCGAGCUCAGCCGCCGGAAUCAUCUUCCCAACCCACAACCACCCAAACCUUACACACUGCUCACCAAAGCUAAACACAGUCUGGCCAAACCUACAUCCCACCGCAGUCAUGGUUGUGUCAUCGUGGCGACUGUCCGGAUUCAAAUAUAAGAGGACCUAAACACCAAGUAAUAUCUCCCAACAGUAACAGCCAUUAUUGGUCACUAGGUUCAUACUGCAUACAUCAUCAUCUAACUCCCAAACCAACAACCAUGCCGAACCCAAGUCUAAGUUACGGAAAUGGCAUGUCAUCCGGAGCCAAGUCCCGGAAUACCGCUUUCCUAACCAUGUUCGCGGUUAUCUCCGGCGCCUUGCUCACAUUCCGGAUGCAGUCGCCACGCAAGGAGCAGAGGUACUCUCCCGAGGGAGACCAGCAGGCUAUUGAUGGGGAGAAUAAGCUUGGGCGUUCGAUGUUCGUCUCUGAUGGGGAUCGCGAGGCUGUUAGGGGUGGGAAGCCCGGAGAACCGAAGGUUGGUCGGGCGCCGCAUGAGGGGUUGGGUGGGCGGUGA